AGGCCUCAGCCGCGCUAACAUGGCGACUCCCAUGCAUCGGCUCAUAGCCCGGAGACGAGCUGAAGCAAAUAAGCAACACGUAAGAUGUCAGAAAUGCUUGGAAUUUGGACAUUGGACUUAUGAAUGCACAGGAAAAAGAAAAUACCUACAUAGGCCUUCAAGGACAGCAGAACUAAAGAAAGCUUUAAAAGAAAAAGAAAACAGAUUAUUAUUACAACAAAGGAGCUUUUUUUCCCCCCUCAUGUUUAUCAGCAUUGGAGAAACUAAUGUAGAAAGAAAGACCAAGAAAAAAAGGUCUAAGAGUGUAACCAGUUCCAGUAGCAAUAGCAGUGACAGCUCCGCCAGUGAUUCUUCAUCAGAGAGUGAAGAAACAUCUACCUCAUCCUCCUCAGAGGACAGUGACACUGAUGAAAGCUCCUCCAGUUCAUCCUCUUCUGCCUCCUCCACAAGCUCUUCCUCAUCCUCUGACUCAGACUCAGAUUCCAGCUCUUCCAGUAGCAGCAGCGCCAGCACAGAUAGCAGCUCUGAGGAUGAACCACCAAAGAAGAAAAAAAAGAAAUAGGAUUGCUCCAUCCAUACUGGACUGAUGAACUGAAAACAUUAAUGUGAUUCUCAGAAGGGAAUUUAGAAUAUGUUAAGUCCAAAUAGGUUAACUGGUCAAAAUUUCUAGAGUUCAAAAGUUUCUGAAUGUUUUAUGUUGUUAGAGCAUAAAGAGUAUUAAUAAUGGAGUAUAUAUAUAUAUAUAUAAAGACUUUUUUAUUUUAAGGGUGAAUCUUGUUUUCCUUUUUUAUCUUUGAAAUAUAUAUCUAAAACGUAAUCAGAGCUGAAAUCCAGUAAAUCUGUUUUUGUGAUGAAACUUACCUUCUCCCUGUGAAAUAAAUGCCAUACUUUCUUAUAUGUUAGUGGUAUGUAUCAGACAUGUUUUCAGAAUAAUGCAUCAGAAUAUCUGGCAGUGAAUUUCUAAUGCUUUUGGCUGUGUUAGUAUGUAAGAUUUAAUACAUUGUCACUAUAAGCUUAGGAGUUUUCCUACUGUUAUAAUAAAUGUUCUCUAUUUUUAUGUU